CGGCAAAGGGUCGGAAAUCAGAGCUGGCUUUGGUGUCGAUCGAGAACACCGCCUUGAUCCAUGUUUGGCGCGUUGGGGAUCUGCACGUUGGUCAGGACGCUCUUCCCCACACUCUCAUAUCCCAGUCUCCGCUGCGUCUCUUUGCCACCGCCAUGUCCGACCUCAACUCUCCAAAACCUAAGCCUACACGCGACCUUCCUCCUCCGUCCUCAAUCGACCCAUCCCACCCCAAAGCUUCGAUUCGGAGCUCCAAUGGAGUCGGGUACUCCGGCGGCAAUUCGUUCCCUAACCCACCCGACCACGUGAACCCGGAUCCCGCCACUCUCAGAGAGCAAUGGAGAUUUGCGAUUCGGCAAUACAGCAAGUGGUAUUCUCACGCAUGGGGCACUGCCAUACUCGCCGGCGCGUCCUUUUUCGCCAUUGGGUGGAUCAUCAAAGGCGGCAACCCCUUGCCCUCCUUUGAUUCUGACCAGAAGAGCAUUUCCUCCGAAGAUCCCAAAGGCGAAACCAAUGGCAAAUGAUGGAUUGGAUUUAGGGAACUUCUCAACACUUUUAUCAGUGAGCUUCUUCUCUAUAAUGUGCCCCCCUGAAGACGUUUGUGAGGGGAUCAUAUUUUCGGAGCUUGGUCCAGUACAAUACCCUCAAGCAUGGCACCUUAGAUCACAAGAAAGAUUGGUGCUGGCUUGUGUUUAAGUAUAUUGUCCAACAUGUUAGCUGUAUAUCCAAAAACUAUAUAUGGAAUAAUCUGCACUCAUGUUUUGUCUUGUCUUGUUUAUGCAUAUUCAACAUGAGAAAUGCAAGAUCUUGUUGGACAAUAGAAACAACCAAAGUUCAUACAACAUAAGAUGAGAGAUUAGAUGUAAAUUCCUUGACAUUUGUAAUUUGCUUUAAUAGAGAAUCCAAGUAAUU